AUGCUACAGUUGCAAUUAAGGAACCACGCCUUUACCGUUAUUUUCUCUGCCUGAAUGACUGUAUUUAUACCAGCAGACCUCGGAGCGCAUAACCAGCUCGACCAACUGUUUGCGUCUCUCUCGCUCUCUCUCUAUUUUAGAGAAACGGCAGGCUGAAGUUUGGUCGAAGGAUUAUUUCUUUCAUUAUUGUAUUAUCGCGAGAGGAGAGUCAGCCAGUCGUCGACCCCCGGAACCUGGGGGUCAGAGCAGACAAGCUGAGGAGAAGUCCAGUCAGUCCCCUUAAACCCCGCUCUGAAACAAGGGACUGCUGCUCUCAUCAACACACCACAGACAUGGAGUAUUACAACCUUUUUUUUUUAUUAUGUUUUUCCUGGAAACAGUUUAUUUCCAAUGCUCACUCAUCUGACAGCAAUCAACAGCUAAUUCCAACAGAGAAGUUGUUGGUUCUAACUGUUGCCACUCAGGAAACAGAUGGUUAUCUACGAUUCAUGCAGUCAGCCAACUACUUCAACUACACUAUCAAGGUGCUGGGCAUGGGGGAGGAGUGGAGGGGUGGGGACGUGGGGAGCUCCAUCGGAGGAGGACAGAAGGUGAGACUACUGAAGGAGGCCAUGGAGGCACUGACUGACCAAGAAGACCUGGUGGUGCUGUCUGUAGACAGUUAUGAUCUUAUCUUUGCCGGGGGACCUGAGGAAAUCCUCAGGAAGUUCCAGGAGGCCAAUCACAAUGUUCUGUUUGCUGCCGAAGGUCUGAUCUGGCCUGAUAAACGCCUACAGGAGAAAUACCCCUCUGUCCGCAGCGGCAAGCGCUUCCUCAACUCAGGAGGCAUCAUCGGUUACGCCCCGUAUGUGAACAAGAUUGUCGAGCAGUGGAACCUUCACGAGAAUGAUGACGAUCAACUAUUCUACACCAAAAUAUACCUGGACUCUUUUCAGAGGGAGACUUUGAACAUUGGUUUGGACCACAAGUCUCAUAUUUUCCAGAAUUUAAAUGGAGCAAUUGACGAGGUUCUCUUGAAGUUUGGAACGAAGAGUGCCCGUGUGAGAAACACUGUGUACGACACCCUGCCAGUGAUCAUCCAUGGCAACGCAAACACCAAAAUGUAUUUGAACUAUCUAGGAAACUACAUCCCCAAUGCCUGGAACUAUGAGAGAGGCUGUGGCGUCUGUGACCACAACAUGGUGGAUUUGUCUCAGCUCAAAGAGUAUCCCACUGUGAUGGUUGGAGUGUUUAUCGAACAGCCCACUCCUUUCCUCUCUGAAUUCUUCCAGAGACUUGUGACCCUCGACUACCCCAAAGAUAAACUCAACAUCUUCGUUCAUAACAACGAGGUUUACCAUGAGAGAGACAUCCAGAGGUUUUGGGAGGAGAGUAAAGAUGUGUUUAACAGCUUCAAGGUUGUGGGUCCGGAGGAGAACUUGAGCCAAGGAGAGGCCAGAAACAUGGGCAUGGGGCUGUGUCGUAAGGACCUGGGCUGUGACUUUUACCUCAGUAUGGAUACGGACGUGAUGCUCACCAACAGACAGACCCUGAAAAUCCUCAUCGAGCAGAAUAGGAAAAUAAUUGGUCCCCUUGUCACUCGUCAUGGCAAGCUGUGGUCCAACUUCUGGGGAGCGUUGAGUCUGGAUGGUUACUAUGCCCGUUCUGAAGACUACAUCGACAUUGUGCAGAGCAAGCGUGUGGGCGUAUGGAACAUUCCCUACAUGGCUCAUAUAUACUUGAUAAAGGGAGAGGUCCUGAGAAACCAGCUGAAGGAGAGGAACCAUUUUGUUUUGGAGAAACUGGAUCCUGACAUGGCUCUGUGCAGACACGCUAGAGAACUGACCAAUCACAGAGAAAAAGACUCCCCAAACCCGGAAACGUUCCAUAUGCUCAGAGUUCCAAAGGGAAUGUUCAUGUACAUUACAAACCGUCAUGAGUUUGGAAGGCUAAUUUCCACAGCUAACUUUAACACAUCUCAUUACAACAGUGAUCUUUGGCAAAUAUUUGAGAAUCCAGUGGACUGGAAGGAGAAAUACAUCCACCCUAACUACACACGCAUCUUCACAGAGAACUACCUGGAAGAGCCGUGUCCAGAUGUGUUCUGGUUCCCGGUCUUCACGGAGCGGGCCUGUGAUGAGCUGGUGGAGGAGAUGGAACACUACGGGUCCUGGUCUGGAGGCAGCCACGAGGACAAGCGGAUCACCGGCGGCUAUGAGACCGUGCCGACUGAUGACAUCCACAUGAAGCAGAUCGGUUACGAUAAGGAGUGGCUGCACUUCAUCAGAGAGUUCAUAUCCCCCGUCACUCUCAAAGUCUUCUCCGGAUAUUACACCAAGGGCUAUGCAGUGAUGAACUUUGUUGUGAAGUACACCCCUGGCAGGCAGGCAUACCUGAGACCCCAUCAUGACUCCUCCACAUUCACUAUCAACGUUGCUCUCAACAGCAAAGGAACUGACUUCCAGGGUGGUGGAUGUCGGUUCCACAGGUAUAACUGCUCAGUAGAUUCUCCUAGGAAGGGCUGGAGUUUUAUGCACCCAGGCCGUCUGACGCACCUCCACGAAGGCCUGCCCACCACCAACGGAACACGCUACAUCGCUGUCUCCUUCAUCGACCCUUGAAAACCUUACACUCUACAGUAGCAUUUUAUCAUUAAAAAAAAAUUUAAAAAUCGUUGUUGUUUUUGUUGUUCAUUUGAUCAGUUUUUUUGGUCUUAAUGAUGCAGUGCCUUAUUGAUGUUGUGAUCAUGACAUUUUCCGGAUGCAAUUUACUGUCCCCCCCCUGAAAAAAAAAAAACACAUUUUUUUUUGUUGCUGUUGUUGAAAAGAACACAAGACGCAAAGGAAUUGUGGGUAAGGUCAUGCCAGAGUCAGACAAUCACUUUCAUUUGAAACUCUCUGUCAAACAGAGUGUGGUGCCUUAACAUGAUGGCUGUAGCUCACCAUCUGCAUUUCAGGUCAAAUAUAGUAGAGCCUUCAUACUUCACAUCACUCAGAGUUUAAUCAUUCGAAUCAAUUAGUCAGUAGUCCCACCCAUACAUCCUAACCAAUUAAUGAGUAAUCCUAACCACAAUCCUAAUCAAAUUAGUCUGUAAUCCCACCUAUAAUCCUGAUCAAGUUGUCAGUAAUCCCACCCAUAAUCCUGAACGGUUAGUCAGUAAUCCCACCCAUAAUCCUGAUCAAUUAGUCAGUAAUCCCACCCAUAACCCUGAUCAAUUAGUCAAUAAUCCCACCCAUAAUCCUGAUCAAUUAGUCAGUAAUCCAAUCCAUAAUCCUGAACAAUUAGUCAGUAACCCCACCCAUAAUCCUGAACAUUAAUCCCACCCAUAAUCCUGAUCAAUUUAUCAGUAAUCCCACCCAUAAUCCUAAUACAUGUCAGUCAUCCCACCCAUAAUCCUGAACAUUUAGUCAGUAAUCCCACCCAUAAUCUUGAACAAUUACUUAGUAAUCCCACCCAAAGUCCUGAACAAUUAGUCACUAGUCCCACCCAUGACUCUGAACAAUUAGUCACCAGUCCCACCCAUAAUCCUAAUCAAUUCAUCAGUAAUCCCACCCAUAAUCCUGAUCAAUUUGUCAGUAACCCCACCUAUAAUCCUGAUCAAUUUGUCAGUAACCCCACAUAUAAUCCUCAUCAAUUAGUCAGUAAUCCCACCCAUAAUCCUGAACAUUUACUCAGUAAUCCCACCCAAAAUCUUGAACAAUGUCAGUAAUCCCACCCAUAAUCCUGAACAAUUAGUCAGUAAUCCCACCCAUAAUCCUGAACAAUUAGUCAGUAAUCCAACCCAUAAUCCUGAUGAAUUUGUCAGUAAUCCCACCCAUAAUCCUGAACAAUUAGUCAUUAAUCCCACCCAUAAUCUAAAGGAAAUAUGUGUUAAAGGUUAUUCUGCCAACAGGCAGCUUGUUUUAACCAUUUUAGCUCAGUUACCUGUUUGUAUGGUUAACCUGUACUUUAAAGUGUAGUUUUAAAACCAUUGUCCAUCCAUGUUCUGUCCACCCCUUUUAAGAAUGUUGGGUUGCAGUUUGUUACCUGAUAAUACGACCGACAUGCCCAAUGAAAUAUAUAUAUAUAUAUAUUUUUUUUUUGCACACCAGAUAAAAACAUGAAUUACAGAAUAAUUUAAUAUGAAUUCUGGUUGAAUGAAGUUGGAUAUUGUCAAAA